UUCCCUCCAAAAAUCCGCAUCAGCCACCGUCUUCGCCGUCCACAGGAUUUCAAGCGCCAAACCCUAGCCCUCACUCACAGUAGUCCUAGGCCCCACCUCUAUGGACGUCGACGGCGGCGGCCGCCUUAUGUCGCCGGCGACGGAGGAGGAAACGGUCGCGCGAAGGCGCUCCCGCCGCGUGAGCUUCGCGGAUACCACCGCGGUGCGCGUGUUCGACCGCGACGAGGACUUCGAGACGGCUCCCGAGGAGCGCUCCGCGUCCCCCUCCCCCGGGAGGUCCUCCUCGGUGGAGCGGGAGCGGGAAGACGGGGACGAUACGGAGGAGGAGUUCCUGCGGCCCCCGGUUUUCUUCCCGCGGGAGGUCGACUCGUCGUCCCCCGGCAGCGGCGCCGGAUCCGUCGCCUCCACUGAUGAUGAGAACUUCUUUGGACCUGUAUCAGCAAGCUUUAUUCAAACAGGAAGACCAUCGGAUUCUGGAAUAUCUGAGGAUGACAACCAUGAUAUAACUUUAGAUUCCAGGACAUUCUCUUUGCAUUUUCGCAAUAUUGAUCCUCCAGAUGACUGUACAGCCAACUCAGCUGGAAGUUUAAGGACACCUAAUACGGCACCUAAGGGACCCCUAGAGGAACUGAAUGUAUCUGAGCCUGGAAGAAAAUCAAGUAGUGGUCGAGAUGCAUUGACUGACAUGAGUCUGUUAACUGGUAACCCUAGAACUUAUGAUUAUGGUAAGCUAUCACCCACGUUGAACAAUGUAAUACAGAAGAUAAAAGUCGAACAGAGAAAGUCUCCUAAAGCUGCCGUUGCUGAUGUAAAUCCUAAUCGUGUUUUAACUUUGGCUGCAUCUGAGAAUGAACACAGAGAAGAGAAUUCAUGCAUUGGCAAUAGUAUAUCUUCUGAUGAGCUGGGUACUGUUCAUAUUGCCGAGGAGAGCAUUUCCGUGAGAAAUCCAGUUUCAAUCAGCACUGAUCCAAUUCAAGAAGAUAAUGUGAUGAUAAUUGAUGGUCAUGAGAAAUCUAAGGAAAACUGCAAGCAUGAUCACAUGGUUGUUUACCCUGGUGUCAACAAUGCUGUAGAACCUCCUGUAUUGCUCUCAACACCAUAUAAAUCCUUCACGAGUAACGUUGACCUUCAACCCCCUCUCUUGUAUCAAUCAUUGUCGAAAGAUCAACCAUCUGGAUCAAAUGGCACCACAAGUGCUUCCUCCAUGAGUAAUGUCGACUUGAAACCCCCUCUCUUGGAUCAACCAUUGUCUAAAGACCAACCACCUGGAACAAAUCACAUUACAAAAGCUUCCCAAUUGUCCAGUGCAGCUCCUGCCUUUUCUCUGAAGGAUGCUGAGCAGCUGCACCAACAAAAUGAAGUGAUGGAUACAGAAAUCAUUGUACAUACUCUGAGAACUGUAGGUCAGCCAUUGCAAUUUCCACAAGGCUCUAUAUCCUCCCUACGCUCAAAAAGACAGAAACUCUUCAGUCCUAAUCCUCUAUCCAAUAGUAAAGUGGCAAGCCAGGAGGCUUGUUCUUUGGGUAGCGAGUUUGUUGAACAUGGCAAGAGAAUUUCUGCUCUGGAAAAUGUACUGAAAAUCAGGAGGCUUCAAGAAUCACCUGCAGCUUCACGAUUACCACUGGUCAAGAGGAAUGAACUUGAUCUUCAAACAAAUGACAUAUUCAGCAACGCUGAAGAUCACGAUUCCAUCUUAUUUGUUUCUUCUAAUUCUGUUCCGCAACGACAAUUGAAGAAAACCGGUGAGUCUUUUAUUCUAGGCAUUCCUCCGAGACAGGGGCUAAAUGAGGCCACUAAGGUUCUGGAUACUUCAUGUGAUGUCCUUACUUUGGAUAGCCAACCUAGUCACGAAUGCAAUUCUCUUCUGGAUUUAGAUGGUGGUGGAAAAAAGAGAAGUGCUAAAGAAAAUGGUCGUGCUGUGCAAGAGCGUCCUGAGGAAACAGCUAAGGCAGCAAGAAGUCCUAGAAAAUCAAGAAAACAGCUUACUUGUGUAUCUCAGUCUUCUUAUAUAGGUGAAGAAAGACAGAAUGAUGCUCAUGAUAAUGGGCAGUUAGUAAAUGUUGACUGGAACAAGGUAGUAUGUAUCAUCUCUAAUGCCACGGAGCAAGUUUUCUCAGCAUCUAUAAGUAAGCUUAAUUUAGAACAGCUUGAUAUGCUAGGCGAUAAGCUGGAUGAGAUUCAGAUGGCUAGAAAAUAUAAAAGGCUUUCUACUGCUGUGAGGAUCCGAAUUUUCUGUGGUGAUCAGCAAAAGAGACUAGCGGAGGCAAUAUCUCUCCAUGACAAGCUUUUAUACGAAAAGGCAAAGUUACAAAUAAAUAAUAUGAAGCUGGCUAAAAUCCGAAAUAAAGCUCAGCUAUGUCAAGUUGGAAUUCAAGAGUGCCGCUCUCUGAAAUCUAAGAUUUCAGGUGCUGCACAAAUGAAGGAUGCUUCUCUUCAUGCAGCAACUUUGAUCAAUGCCAAUGAUAGACAGGAAGGGCUUGCUAUUGUAACUAAAAAGAGGCUUGAACUCAACAGUAUUCAUCAGAAGGUGCAGAACUUAAGGAGUUCCCUCGAAUGCUUUCUCAGUAUUAAAGGUGACAUUAGCUGUGAUAGUGUUAUGAGGUCUGCUGAGGAGCAGUUGGAGAUGAGAAAACAGUGUUGCGUCAUUCACCAGCAAGCAGGGCUCUGGGAGCUGAAUGAUGCAGUUAAAAGAGACAGCAAGCGUGAUGUCAUCCUCAACUAUCGCAAUUUGUUGUUCCAAAGGAUCAUCUUAAACAUCAGCGAUAGGUCUAGCAUAUUUGUGAAUAAUUCACUAAAUGGAACCAAAAUAGGACAGACAUUUCCAAAUUUGGAUGCAUCUGUGGCUUUCAAUUUUGUUUUCAAAGCUGAGGAGAACCACAGAGUUAGUGAUUUACGAUCCUUGCAGAAGAAGACAACGGAGACAAGUUUGCUUCUGGGUAAUCUUAUUGAUGUUCUAGAAGAAAUCAAGUUUGCUAAAAUUGAGUUACUGAAUCUGACCUCCGUUGCUUUUGUUUUGGAGCCCCAGACAUGUCAACUUGCCCUCCGUCUGUGCUUCAUGAAUUUCAAGAGUGGCAAAAGGAUUGCUUUCACCAUUGACAUGUCAGACUUGAACCGCUCAGUCUAUCCUUCUGAGCCAUCUGAGCUGCUGAUUAAGGUUUGUGAAGCGCAGACAACGCUAGCACAGCCAAGCAUAUACAAGACUAUGGUUUCUAUAAGGAACCUUCAACCAGGUCGCACCAUGAUACUAAGGCUGUGCCGAAUGGUGUCUCAGCUAAUCCAUUCGUUACCAGGCUGACCCUAUUUUUGGAGUACAAUGUGUCGGAAGGCGUGUGGGCAGCAGACAUCACCAGUGUUGGCUUUGUAUGUAUGUUCUUGUGCAGCUUGUGAUGGCUGAUUGCAUCCAUAAAUCAGUCCUUUUCAAGGGUGUUGCAAGUGUUAAGCGCCGUAAAUACAUCUAGGAAUUGACACCUUUUAUGAAUGAAUAGUCGAGUGGGUGGGUAUGUUGUGAGUGGAGUGACAUCUUUCUUUUUUGUGCGGAAGUGGCGUGACAUCUUUCUUUUUUGUGCGGAAGUGGCGUGACAUCUUUCUUUUUUGUGCGGAAGUGGCGUGACAUCUAUAACCAAGUGGUUUUGGUUACUGUAACUAUGGUCUUGGCAGCGGUCAGUUGCAAAUCCAUGAGACUGCCCUUUUAAUAAAGCGCCACGGAAGAGUUCAGUGUUUC